AAUUAAGGUUAUAUUUCUGUUUUCAAAAGUUAUAACCUAGAUUUUUUUCGGCACGUGAAAUAGAGUAAAAAUGUCCUUUUUUAUAAAGGGAAAACAACUAAAUGGAGUUAAAAGGGCGAAGUUUUCAAAACUAAAACCUAAAAAACGAAAAUUUGAAUCCAAAUCAUCGAAGAACGAUGAAAUUACAAGUAGUGAAGAUGAAGAGGCGGAUGAAGAUAGAAGUGAACAUCUUACCAGUUCAGAAGAUGAAAAUGAGACAGCACAAGAAAAGAAACUACGCUUGGCUAAGAUUUAUUUAAAGGAGAUUGAAAAGGAGGAAAAAGCCAGACUUGAACAGGAUGAAAUUGAUCAGAGUGUGAUAGCAAAACGGCUGAAGGAAGACUAUUUGAAAGAAACAGGAAAACUUAGGCUAACAGUAGCAGAUAGGUAUAAUAAAUAUGAUGAGACAAAUAUAAAGACAUUAAAAUGUAAGCAGCAAAGAAAUAGUAUUACUUGCUUGUGUAUUUCAAGUGAUAAUAAGUUUUUGUUCAGUGGUAGUAAAGAUGGACUUGUAGUAAAGUAUUCAUUAAAAGACUUUAAAAAAUUAGGCAUUAUCCCCUACACGUGGAAAAGUGAUGGAGAAAUUUUGGGACAUAAUAGUGAAGUUUUAAGUAUAGCAAUAUCAACAGACAGUAGAUUUUUAGCUGUAGGUGAUAAAAAGGGUAAUGUUUUUGUCUGGGAUCCUAACGAAUUAAAACACAUAAAAACAUUAACAGGACAUAAAAGUGCUGUGCUAGGGGUGACUUUUAAGAAGGAAUCUCAUGUACUUUACUCUUGCAGCCAAGAUAAAACAGUAAAAGUAUGGAGUUUGGAUGAAAUGGCCUUUGUCGAGACUUUAUUUGGUCACCAGGAUCUAGUAGCAUCUGUAGACAGCCUCUAUAGGGACCGGAUAGUAACUUCUGGAGGCCACGAUUUAAGAAUUUGGAAGAUAACUGAAGAAACGCAGUUAAUAUACAACGGCCAUGUGGGAAACAUUGAUAAUGUGAGACUUAUUAAUGAAGAAAAUUUUGUUUCUGGUGGUGAUGAUGGUCAAAUAUGUGUUUGGAGUGUGCUAAGAAAGAAACCACUUCAAUGUAUAGAGAAUGCUCAUGGUAAAGAUCUUUUUAAUGAACAACCAAGAUGGAUAACUGCUUUAGCCGCACUGACAAAUACAGAUUUAAUAGCAUCAGGAUCAUACGAUGGAUUUGUGAGGUUAUGGAAAUUAGAAAACAACUUUAGGAGUUCUGUUGAGGUUUUGAAGAUAAGUGUACAAGGUGUGGUUAAUGCAUUGGCAUUUACUUCAGAUGGUGGCAGUCUUCUUAUUGGUGUUAGUAGAGACUACAGAUUAGGCAGAUGGAACACAGUAAAAAAUGCAAAAAAUUGUAUAUUGUUUGUACCUUUUGUGAUUGAGAGCUGACAAUUUUUAUAAAUAAAGUUA